CCUGGAGCCCGGGAGAAAAACUGGGACAGACCAGGUGCUCGCUCUCUCUGGGUGAUUCCCGCGGGACACAGCGGAGCUUGGAUUUUUCCAUUCCUGUGGCGAUUUAAUCUAAAAUCAGAUUUAAACCAAGCACGUGGCUCCAAGUACGCCGCGAAACCUACUGGCAGGUGACAGUUACUGCACCUACUCCGGCUCAAAAUCAACCACGGGUAAGAUUUAUAAUUUGAAAUAUAAGUUUAUAAUUUAAAAGGGAAAAAUGACAGACUAUUUAAAAAUCCAGGAACUCACUUAUACUAUGUAUGAUGUCAUGCAAGGUUUAUAUGAUUUCCCCCCUAUACCUUUCUAUUUGAUUCUGGGGAUCAGCUUUGUCCUCCAUAUUUUUUUCUUAAAAACAUGGUUUGAUAAUAGAGCCAAGAAUGAGGCACUUUUAGAAAUGGUACAGUUUUUACAGACUGAUAGUGAUCUUCUGAAAGGAAAACUCAAAACUCUGGAGAAGGAUGAAAAAAAUUUAGCUGACAAAACUAAGUCAAAUGAGGUACUUUUAGAAAAAGUACAGUCUUUACAGACUGAUAGUAAUCUUCUGAAAGGAAAACUCAAAACUCUGGAGAAGGAUGUUAACAAUUUAGCUGGCAAAACUCAGUCAAGUGAGGUACUUUUAGAAACGGUACAGUCUUUACAGACUGAUAAUGAUCGAUUAAAAGGAAAAUUCAGCAUUCUGGAGAAGAAUACAGCCAACUUAACAAACAAAACCCAGGCAAUGACAGAGGGUGCUAAGACAUUGUCUGGGAGAAUGUGUGCUAUUGAAUGUAUUAGUGAGACUCUGGUGAAGGGUUAUGAUAGAUUGACUGAUAGAAUGUCUCUCCAGGAAGAGAAUAUGCUUGCUAUAAAGAUUAUGUCCAAGAGUGAGACAUCAUUUCUACUGGACAGACUUAGCACCUUGGAAUCCUCAGUGAGGGCAUUAGAACAGAAGACUAGACAGGAGAUCCAGACUCUACAAAAGGCAGUGGUAAAAAGAUUUGAAAAGAUUGAGGAAUUUAUCAAAUUUGAUGACCAGGGACAAAAGGUACAAAGACAGAGGUACUACUGGAGGGAAGAGGCUAAAAUUUUAGAGCAAGAGGGAAAAGCAAAAGAAUUUAAGAUUUCCCAAGAUCAAAUUCUGGGUGAGGGACAUACAAUAAAUGUUGAGACAUUUGACUGUGAUAUCGAUGAUUGGGUAAGAGAUGCAAUUUCCAAAGGUAUAAGGAGAUAUCAUGAUACCAAAUGUUUUAAUUGUGGUAGAAUUGGACAUCUGAGAAGGGAUUGUAGACAAGGAAUUCCAAGGAAUAAUGUCUCCUCUGGGAAUGGCAAGAAUAGGAGGACUCAGCCUUUGGAUAUAUGUAGGAGGUGUGGCAAAGGCCGACAUUGGACCAAUGAAUGCAGGUCAACAAGAGACAGUUCAGGCAACCCAAUACCAUUGAGAAACUCCAUGGUGGGUCUCUUAUAGGCCCCCAUGACGAAUAUGGUCUAGUCGUUCCCAGUUACUGUGUAAAAUUCACCAGGAAAAUUAAAGAAUGCAGUGCCUACUGUAAAAAAAUACUUAUCUGGAUGAUGGAAUAAGUGGAGGAUGAGUCAAAAGCUCCAGUAGGACAGAGGAAAUGUAUUUUCUGGCAGACUUCUAUAAAUCAUCAAAGAGUGUAUAAAUGGCAUUUUUAUUGAAGGCUUACUAGACACAAGUUUGGAUGUAAGUAUCAUUACUCCAGAAUCUUGGUAUCCAAAUUGGCCUCUUCAAGAGGUUCAGUUCCUAGGAAUUGAAACCCUAUGUUUCUGGGGAAAAUAUUGGAAGAUAUUAUAGACAAAGGUCACCAGGCUGUACAAGAACACAAAGCAAUUAAUAAAUCUUCAGAGUUGCUAAUGGCCCUGCCUUUAAAAUAGUUAACUGAGAAACCAAUAUGGGUUAAACAGUGGCCUCUAACUGAAGAAAAGCUGUAGGCUUUAGAACAGCUGGUACAAGAGCAACUAGAUGCUCGCCAUAUUGAAGACUCUACCAGCCCUUGGAAUUCUGUAUUUGUUGUUAAAAAGAAAUAUGGAGAAUGGUGAAAGAUCUUAGAGCUAUCAACAAGGUUAUUCAUCCUAUGGGCCCUCUACAGUCUGGAAUUCCUCUGCCUCUCUGUUACUAAAGGGAUGGCCUCUCAUAGUUAAUGAUUUAAAUGAUUGUUUCUUCACUAUACCUUUACAAGAAAAGGACAGAGAAAAGUUUGCCUUCAUGGCAAACUUUUUACUGCUGAUGAAGUAAAAAAGUUAUGGGAAGACAAUGAACCCUGGCAAAGGGCUUGUGCUAAUCUUUUUGGGAGAAAUUAAUAGCAAUUAUCCCAGAAGCAAUAGACUUAACCUUAGAAAGAGAACUUAUUGGGUUCUUCCCCAAACUGUACAUGAUGCACCAAUAACUGGAGCCCAUACAUUUUAUACUGAUGCAAAUAAGUAAGGUGGAACAAAGCACUUAUAAUUCUGUCCAGAAAGCAGAAUUAUAUGCUAUUAUGGUACUAGGGAUUUUAAAGAACCUCUCAAUAUAGCUACUGAUUCACAAUAUGCAGAGUUAUCUUGCAUAUUGAAACCGCUGAAUUUGUACCAGAUGAUACAGGAUUGAUUUCAUUAUUCAUACAGGUGCAAGACAUAGUCAGGAAUAGGCUUUGUCCUAUAUACAUAACACACGUCUGAUCCCAUAUGGUUCUGCCAGGUCCUUUAGUACAAGGUAAUGCUGGAAUUGAUCAAUUAUUGAUUGGAAGUGUGAUGCAGGCCUCAGAAUUUCAUAAAAAACAUCACGUCAAUAGCAAAGGUUUAAAGAGUUUCCUAUUACAUGGUAACAAGCUAAGGAGAUUAUGAAGAAAUGUCCUGCUUAUUCUUUCUAUAACCAAACACUGUUGCCUGCAGGGAGUAACCCAAAGGGUACUCAAGGAAUGAGAUGUGGCAAAUGGAUGAGUUCCACUUUAUGGAAUUUGGUAAAUUAAAAUAUAUGCACCACACCAUAGACACGUAUUCAGGUUUUCAAUGGGUAAUUCUCUUGAGUUCAGAAAAGUUUUAGUAAUCACUCGUUUAUUAGAAGUUAUGGCCAUCCCUGCACAAAUAAAGACAAUGGUCCAGCAUAUGUAUCUAAGAAAAUGAAAUGGGGUUUUUUUUUGCUUAUUAUAAUAUAGAGUAUAUUACAGGUAUACCAACUAAUCCUACAAUUCAGGCAGUUAUAGAAAGGUCAAAUCAAACUAUAAAGGAUAUGCUAAACAAACAAAAAGGGAUGGAAAAUACCCCCAGAAAUAUUGCAUAAUGCUUUAUUAACCUUGAAUUUCCUUAAACACUAAUGAGAAAGGAACAACAGCAGCAAAGAGACAUUGGAUAAUGGAAAAAACUUCUAAAUUGAAUCAACCAGUGUAUUUCAAGGAUGUGUUGACCUCACAAUGGAGACCAGGAGAUGUGCUAUGCUGGGGAAGAGGUUUUGCUCUUGUUUCCACAGGAGAAGAAAAACUAUGGAUGCCAUCAAAAUUAAUAAAGAUUUGCUUUGAAAAGGAGAGACCUUGAAAAAGAGAGAUGACAGCUCAUCCACAAUGGUGACAACCUUACAGGUGGUAAGGAAACCAUCCAGGGUUGGGGCAGGGAUCUGCUCUUGUCUUUACAGGAAAAUAAACGUCUUCAAAAAAUUCAAGAGACCUUUGUAUUUGGACGACAACAGAAGGAAAAAUAACUAUCCACUAAGGGUCAUCGAGAAAAAGGAAUAUGAUUUAUGAAGUCAGGUGAUUAAUACACAUACAUUUAAAUAUAUAUUUAUGAAUAUAUAGAGCUGGCUUUGGAGUUGGACAAUGGCUCUGUACUUCUCUAAAUCCAAGCGUGUUGUUAAAAGGAACAUUCAGAGUUUCUGUCUCAUAUCAGGAGCCAUCUGGUAUGGGACAGAUGAAAAAAAGAAAUUUACUUUCUCCAUGUAUUUUGUCUAUAUCACAUUCUUUAUUGAAUGUAUGUCUAUGAAUAAUGUUUAAGCUUUCCACGAUGAACAAUAGACUUUCCUACAGAUCCUUUUCCUGCAUUAAUCUUUGAAGUUUCCAGGAAGAAAAUGGGGCCCCACAGCAACAACUCCACCUGGUUGAGAUGACAUCAUGAUGCUGAUAGUGCUACGCUAAGACCCGUUUUUAGGUACCAGCUGCUGACAUGGUGCACCUUCUCAUGACGUUCUGGCCAGAACUCCAAAUGAGAACUUUGGGGAAAACUCUAUCAACUGCUCAGAAAUCUAGACAGUAAUCUUGAAAUUUAGCCAUCACUUUACUUUUGCAGGGUCCCCUAAAGAGAACAUCGCCCCCAUGGCAGCAGGAAGUAAUUCUAGAGGACGAUGCCCCCCCUCCCUAAAAAGUUUGUCCUCAGGGUUUGGGAACACCAUCUAGGGAUUGGAUUAUUGCUUGUAUCGGGUAGAGGGUUGGGGUGGAAACUGUUCCGGCGGGGGGGGGGGGGUAAUAAUAGUGGGUAAUAGAGUGAAUAUUUGUGAGCUAUUAUUUAUGGAUAAUUUACAUUGGUAUAGUUUUUUUGUAUAUUGAUACAAGUUCAAAUUAUAUUUAACUCUGUUUACAAUAUUUGUACACCUAUGCAAAGUUAUUCUGUUGGAUUGCAUGCACAUUUAUACAUCUGUUUAGAACAUCUUGUAUACUGAUACAACUUUUAGGAUAUAUAUUUCAUAUUGCAUUAUAUAGUCUUACCUCUAAUCAAGAUACUUACACAUUGUUUAUAUUUUGAGGUCAUUGUCCUCAUUUGCUGCACAUUUAUUUACAGAUUAUUUAGUAUUCUGACAUGAAGUCUUAGUCAGGUAUUAAAUAUCUUAGUUCAAUAGAUGUUCAUGCUUGUUAUACAUAGUCAGAUUAAUUAGGUUCUUUAGAUAUAUAGAGAUUGUAUUCUGCCUAGAUAGGUAAUCUUCAACCACUUCAAGGAUCUGUAGAACAUGGCAUUUAAAUAAUUUAGGGUCUGUUGACAUGAGACAUGAUUGCUCCUGACAGCACCAAUCUAUUCAUGAGAGAAUGUUGAGCACCAAAGACACUCCACUUGGCAAAACUGGCCUUUGGGCAAGGAACUGCCCAUACCUCAACCACUGACAAAAGUAUCUGGAAUGGAUAAGCAGGACACAAGAAAAAAGACUGUCAAAUCUUGCCAAGACAAGGUAGGACGGUUUUUAAAAAUUUCCUGCCCCUGAAAAUGGUCUGUCAGUUAUGCUAGACCUUAGCCAAAGUUGGUUGCUUCAACGUUGCAAAUGAGUGUUUUGGGUGAUUGCUCAGGUAGCCAAUUGUCUCUGUCAUAUACUGCUCACUUUGGAAGCUGCUUGAUUGCACUUCCUGCCUACUCAAGUAAUAUUAUCUCCCUUCUCAGGCCUUCGAUAGGGUUGAAGAUUAGAUAGUCCUAGUUACUUUCCUCAUGAUUUAGCCAAGCUCAUUUUCAAUGUAAGAUUUAGACUCAUUGAAAUAGAAUGUUUAUUAAAACAUUUGUCAUGUGUUCCUUGCUUAAUAUUGCUGAUGUUGUUAUUUUAUACUUGGUAUCUGUUCCUAUUGUAUAUAGUUGUAUUGGGUUUGGAUUGAUCUUGUUUAGACAAAAGGAAGAGGUAAUGGGGGUGUUAACCAAUCAUCUUUGAGAGGUGUAGCCUAGUUAAGGUGUGGCUUCCUGGAGACUAGGAGAAAAAACCUGGACUGACCAGGUACUCACGCUCUCUGGGUGAGUCCCGCGGGACACAGCAGAACUUGGACUUUCCUGUGUUGUAAGUUUCCUCUUAUAAUAAGUAAAAAUAUAAUUGUUUAUCGUUAA